CGUCGCCUGUCGGGGAAAAAAGCCCUCGCGAAUGGUGAUAUAUCGGAUGAGAAGAAGGCGAGGAUGGACGACGACAGCAUGGCCACGGACAAUAAUAAUAUCGGUGAAGGGACGAACACAGUGGUGCAGGAACUUCGUAAACAUCGUGGCACACUACGGAAAGCCGUCUUGAAGGACGUGCCGCUGAAGGAACGGCGUAAAACAGAGGCUACAAACAGUAGCGCCACAGCAGAUGAUGCAGCUACUACGAAUGCGACGGAACCGAUUCGCACGUUGAAGGACGAACUGAGUUUACUGACCACUUGGAUGGACAAGAUGACCUCGAACAUGAAUCUGUUUUUGGAAAUGCAUGGCAAGCUAACGCUUGUCAAUGAACAGAUCAAUCGUCGCAUGCAUCCACAGACAUUUGCCUCGCAGCAGCCAGUUAUUUCUUUUGAAGGAGAUAGCGAAACCCCGUCCGAAUCGUCCAGUGAAACACACAUGGAUGAAGGUGAUGAGAGCAGCACUGGAAGUAUUGAGAACUGGUGGGAUGACGAGGCGAUUGUGCCAUCCGGUGAAGAAAGUGCUGGUGAUGGGGCAGAAGAGGAAAGCUGGGAGGAUGAGGAUGAGGACGAUGAUGAAAUGGUUGCCGAGUGUGCAUCACAUAUUUCAUUUUACGCUCUUUCAUCAUUGGCGUUCUCGGUGCACUUGCCAUAUAAUGUGCCUAAAUGCUUCGCACUUUUGCGCGGUGAUGCUUAUUGGCUGCUAACGUUCUCCUCAAAAUACGCAAACGAUCUAGGAAAGAACUGUGAAAUAACCCUAUGUUAUCGAAAAGGUUGCGCACCAUUGCCACCACCAGGACACUACGGACAGCCGAAAGUACUGUACACAUGCAGUGGUGUGAAUCCAUCGAACAGUAUUAGCCGAGGACUGCGUCAUAUACCAGGCAGCCCGGAACGUAUCCUGGAUUUGCCCAAUUUUAUGGAUGACUACUACAGGAACGCGAUUCACUGGAGCUCAGACAACAUCAUAGCAGUUGCAUUAACCAAUUCUGUAUAUCUCUGGAACGCAUCAUCCGGCGAAAUUUCUGUAAGUGUUAUUUUCCAGUCCAUAGCUGCUAGCAAAAGCUAA